ACGAGUUUACCUCUGGAGGUCAUCAAGCAGGAUUUACGACUGGUCAACAAAAGCACGUGAUUCUCAGCCGUAACCCAUAUUUGGGUGCCUACGUAAGAGAGAAUCAAGUACACGUUCUACUCAUUUCCCUAAUUCAUCAUAAAUUGUGCAAGGGUGCUAUAGAAGAAGCAAAAGCAUCAAGAGCCACAAAUCAAGCACACACGUUACUAUUUUCUCCAAAAAUAAAAACAACAAAUACCUGCGAAACAACAGUAUUUGAAUAGUCAAUCAAUGAGCUCCUAUUUUGUAAACUCAUUCUGCGGUCGCUAUCCCAAUGGCGCCGACUUCCAGUUACAUAAUUAUGGAGACCACAGCUCAGCAAACGACCAAUACAGGGACUCAACGACCAUGCAUUCCAGCAGGCAAGGUUAUGGUUACAACGGGAUGGACCUCACUGUCGGUCGCGGUAAUGGGCACUUUGUGGCCAACGAGCGGGCACAGGGCUACUCCCCGAACCAGUCGGCGGCGGCAACAACGUCCUCUGUCGAGCCAUCCAGGUACACCCAGCCCGCGAGCGCCACUGGGACGGCGCCCCUCUCGCCUGCACCUGACCCGCUCCGGUGCUCCUCCUCUGUCACAAGCUCGUCUCCGGUCAGCGAGUCUCAACCGCAACACAGAGCCAUAAAGAACUCCAUAACUAUCCCCUGCGCGACCCCGAGCUCGAGUUCGAACGGAGGCACGCUGUUGAACCAGGAGUGUGUGUCGAAAGCCUCCCCCCUCCUCGAGGAAGAUAAGCCCGCUGGAAGAGAGCAGACAACUUCCCAACAUUUCACCGACGGUGCCCAGCCUCAGAUCUACCCCUGGAUGAGGAAACUGCACAUAAAUCAUGACAGUCUCACUGGACCAGAGGGGAAGAGGGCGAGGACAGCAUACACGCGCUACCAGACCCUGGAGCUCGAGAAAGAGUUCCAUUUCAACCGGUAUCUGACCCGCAGACGGAGGAUCGAGAUAGCGCACGCGCUCUGCCUAUCAGAACGGCAGAUCAAAAUCUGGUUCCAGAACAGAAGGAUGAAGUGGAAAAAGGACAACAAACUGAAAAGCAUGAGCAUGGCAGCGGCAGGGGGUGUAGGGUACCACCGUCCCUGAUAUUUGGUUCCCCUAUGAGCUCUAAUAAAAUAAUUAAUGCUUGGGAGAACUUCCAUUCAUUUUUACAUUGCAAAAGACUUUCUGAUGGCUGUUGGGACAGUGAACAUGCAGUUGUCCAAACUCCGGCCUUUUCAAAAAUACUUUCCUCUAUAGUUAUAUUUAUUUUGACCGUGAUAAUCCUUGUGUGAGUAAAAAAAUAAACAUUCUGUACAUUGUUUGUCUUAGAGAACAAACCAAAUACAUGUUUGUUAACUUAUUUCUUGUUCAAAAUAGAAUCAACUCGAAGUUACCGCAAAAAAAGUCAAUUAACUAUCCAAUAAAAGUUGUGUAGCCUAUUGCACUUGUAAAACAGUAUAGAAACUCGAAUAAUUAAUGAGUUGAUAAAAAAAUGGUGUUGCUUUUGUGUAUAGCCUUUGUUUUAUAUGUAAGUAUGUAUUUAUUUGUUCAAUGUAUUGUACCAAACUUAGAUAACUUGUUCCUUGUUCCUUGUAGACAGGCGUAUUAGCCUUACGCGAUUGUUGUGCGUUGUGAACACGUGACGGGACCGCAGUUCUGACCCAUUGCGUAUAGCUGUGCCUUUGUAUCCUUCUUUUACACGAGCUACUGUAAAUCUGUUCACCUGGCGCAGCUUCUUAGAAUGUGUGUUUCUUGUACGUUCCCCUCUAUGUUGGAUGUGAAGGGUUCCAUAGUGGAUCCCAUUGCCUACUUGUAUAGCUUCAUCGUGCUAUACGCUUUUUGUAAAUGUUUUUAAAGAAUGACUGGAAAUUGAAAAUAAUAUUAUAGCGAUGAUGCUGAUUAUAAUAAACUUUCUACUGG